AUGGCUAACUCAAACAGACUUCAAGGCAGCGGAGUGGAAAUUCAAGUCGGAACAAAACCACCAUCACCGAGCUGGGAUGAAACAAAGUCAUUCAACACAUGGUGUCUGCCCAUAAACUUGGUCUCACAUUACUCGCCUUACCUAAAAGAAAUCUGCUCCUCAAAUCUUCAGGAAUCCAACAACCGAAUUAGGCUUCAGGACCAUCAACCUGAUGUGUUUGGCCUUUUUGUGGAGUGGAUGUACUAUGGAAGCUAUGACUAUUCCUCGUUGGCAUUGAUUUCUAAUGCUGAUGCGAAAUGUUGGGCUCUUGGUGACAAGCUUCGGUCCCUCGAAUUCAAAAACUACUCAAUGCGUCGUAUUUAUGAACAGCACACAAGGCCUAUAUUAGGACGAACUAUGACCCGCGACGACGUCCAGUACGCAUGGGAUAACACUGCACCCGGCUCAAAGUUGAGAAACUUCUACAUGAACUUUGUCGUAGAACACUUUGGCAGUCCAGCCAAAUUGCUUGGUUCUUCGACAGAUUGGGAUACAUUCCUCCAAAGCCAGUCAGAAAUUCGGAUUCCACUAUUAGAAAAAUUUAGGAAGAGCACCUUUUCGCCGAGUCGUGUGGGAAGCAUUGAUGAAUAUCUGGAACCCAACAAUCUUCCUUUCAACUUACCUUCGCAGCGGAAGAGCGAGCCGAUUCCAUUGACAACUAUCGCAAAAGCGGGAAAAGCACCAGUUUUCAACUUUAAUGAAAAACCUGAAGGACAGAAAAGCAGUCCCCAGCAGAGAGAGCCUUUCCAGUUGGCUUCGAGGACAAAGAACUAUGAAGGAGCGGCACUCAAAUUUGGAUGGAAAUUUGGAGAAAGUACAGCCAAUUCUGCAAGUCCCAGUAUCAAAACCGUUCAGCCAAAACAAGACUCUCCUUCAGAGCUCAAUGCCGAACCCAUACUAGGACAUGCGAAUCAAUGCAUUACGAGUGUUGGCAAAUCAGAUGAUGUCAACAAAUCGCCUGGAGCAAGAAAGGAGACAGAAACUGCUAAAGGAGGAACUGACAAUAAUAAGAAAUCGGGAUUGGGGGAGGCCAGCACUUGA